UAUACAUACCUUCAAGAUGUCACAAAGCCUUAAGUCCAAUUUAUUCGUUAUAGAAGAGAAAAGGACCUCUAUGACGUCCACAGAACCGAUCUUCGUCAAGUUUGGCCUAGCCAGCGAGUUCAACUCGCAUGCGCAUUACUCUGCCAUGAUGCAUGCACGAUGGGCGAAACGACGAAUACGUUUCGGUCGCAUUUGGCUCGUAGUGAACAGACAGAUUCUUUGAAUGGGCGUAGCGUGGGUAUUGAAGUCGC